CCGAAGGAAACGAAUAAACAAACAAACAAAACCCACCGCUCUCGGGCCAGCCCGGAUACCCGCCUCCCCGGUCCUCCCGGGGCUCCCCGCCCGCGCCUGCGUCUGGGCACGUCCCCUCUAGUGGCGCGUUCCACGCACGUCCCCGCACUUAACCUCUGCACGCCCGGCGUGGUGCUGGCGGCGGGGAGCGCGAGCCUGCAGCCGCAGCCCCGCGGACCAUGACUUGCUACCGGGGCUUCCUGCUGGGCAGCUGCCGGCGCGUGGCGGGGGGCCGCGCGGCUCUGCGGGGCUCGGGCGGGGAGGGACGGCGGCACUUGGGGCACGGGCAGCCGCGCGAGCUGGCGGGCGGUGGUAGCCCCGCCGACGGCGGCUUCCGCCCCUCGCGGGUGGUGGUGGUGGCGAAAACCACCCGCUAUGAGUUCGAGCAGCAGCGGUACCGCUAUGCGGAGCUCUCCGAGGAGGACCUGAAGCAGCUGCUUGCAUUGAAAGGCUCGAGCUACAGUGGGCUACUUGAGCGACAUCAUAUCCACACCAAAAAUGUAGAACACAUCAUUGAUAGCUUACGGGAUGAAGGGAUCGAGGUGCGCCUGGUAAAGCGGAGAGAGUACGACGAAGAGACUGUUCGAUGGGCAGAUGCCGUCAUAGCCGCAGGAGGUGAUGGCACGAUGCUUCUGGCCGCCAGUAAAGUUCUGGACAGACUUAAACCUGUCAUUGGGGUCAACACUGAUCCGGAACGGUCUGAAGGUCACUUAUGUCUGCCUGUGCGAUACACACAUUCCUUCCCCGAAGCCUUACGGAAGUUCUCUCGUGGGGAGUUCAGGUGGUUAUGGAGGCAGCGGAUCAGGUUAUAUCUGGAAGGGACCGGCAUCAACCCCAGUCCCGUGGACCUUCACGAACAGCAGCUGAGCUUGAAUCAGCACAGCCGAGCCUUUAACAUCGAAAGAGUGGACGAUGAAAGAUCCGAGGCUUCAGGACCUCAGCUUCUGCCAGUAAGAGCGCUCAAUGAAGUCUUCAUUGGGGAGAGCCUGUCGUCCAGAAUGCCUUAUUGUUGGGCUGUAGCAGUGGACAAUUUAAGAAGAAAUAUACCCAAUCUAAAGGGACUGGCUUCUUACUAUGAAAUUUCAGUUGAUGAUGGCCCAUGGGAGAAGCAGAAGAGUUCAGGGCUCAAUUUGUGUACUGGAACAGGAUCGAAGGCCUGGUCAUUCAAUAUCAACAGGGUUGCAGCGCAGGCCGUUGAAGAUGUUUUAAAUAUCGCCAGACGACAAGGAAAUCUGACUCUUCCACUGAACAAAGAAUUGGUAGAAAGAGUAACAAACGAAUAUAACGAGUCACUGCUCUACAGUCCAGAAGAACCCAAAAUACUCUUCAGUAUCCGAGAGCCAAUAGCAAACAGAGUUUUCUCAAGCAGCCGUCAGCGUUGUUUCUCCUCAAAAGUUUGUGUUCGUUCUCGGUGUUGGGAUGCCUGCAUGGUUGUGGAUGGAGGAACAUCUUUUGAGUUUAACGACGGAGCAAUUGCUUCAAUGAUGAUCAAUAAAGAAGAUGAGCUUCGAACUGUGAUUCUAGAACAGUGAAGAGUUUCCUCAGCUGAUAGAUUUGAUUGGUAGACUUUUCUGCAGAUACCGAUGACCAGCCAGAGACCGACCUUUUAAUGGUUCUUAUGAGGGCUACCACUAGAGUCAAGGUGACAAUGGGAUGACGCGUGUGCUGUCCUGCUGAUUCUGACAAGAGCUGUUCACUAAGACAGACAGAUGGACUAAAUGGACUAGAAUUAUGUGAAUCUGUAUUAUUUACAGUUGGUAACCAAGAGCAUCGAUACUCUUUAGAGAGGCAGGUUAAAUAAAGGAUUAAGUAUUUAGGAUUUGAAAUUUAACUGUACAAGUGUUGUUUUCUUCCUAACUUUGUGGAAUUGGCCACAUGUAUCAGUUGAUUAGUACAUUAUUUUUAUAGUACCUAAAAGUAAAGAUUUUUAAAAAUUUUGAUGGAGAAUUUUGAUAAAUCCUGAUGUUGACUUAACUGAAGUUGGUAAAUGUGUUUUAUAUAGCUAAGACUUUUCUAAUUCUAGGAAACAGUGAUGAGUGACUAUUGAUUGAAAAAAGUGGGAUCAUUUUAAGAUUAUCUGUAGACAAAUUCUGACUUGUUUUGGGUAGUGUCAACAAUGUUAGAUGAACCACAUCUAUGGGACAAAUCAUGACACUUUGUAAAGGUAUUAAUUUCCAUAGUAAUUGUUGUUCAGACAAGUAAAGGAGUCCAAAAGGCCCUUUCCUGUGUUUGAAUUUCUAUUACGAAAACAAGGAUUAGAAGGAUAACCAAUGAUUGUAUUCUGUUAGAGGAGUUCAGUAAAAUGUUCAAAAAACCCUUCCUUUAGUAUUGGGAUGGAUUCUUUAGUAAACACCUAAUACCCAGGACACAGUUUUGGAAUUGCCUAAGUUAGUAUUAUAUUCAUUUACUGUAUUCUAAAAUACAACACAUUCUAAAAUUUAAACAAUAGCUUUGAGGGAUAAAACAUCAGCGCUUCUCCAUCCUCUAGUAUGAAAACUACUUUUAAUUUUGGAGCAAGCUAUUUUAAUUCUUGCUUUUGUUUUCACAAAAAGCUUCCAUUGCUAAAUAAGGGGUUGUCUUUUCAUGCCAUUUUUUCAGACUUGUGUAUUUUCACUUGGUGAAAUUGUUUUUUUAUUGCCAAAAUGUUUAUUGAAGACUCAUUCUGUGCCAUCAUAUGUUAUAGCCAUAUAUCUAUAUCAUGUUAUAGAUAUGUCACAUAUGAUAUAAUGAAGUGUCGUACAGACAUCGGAAUAGACUAUGGAACUUGAGCCUAGUGAGAUCAGAAGUCAAAAUCUAAAGCUAGAUGUAUGAUCAGACCAAAUGUUCUUAGCCUUGCCAAACAACACGCUGCUCUUAAAAUGAAACAAAUGGAUGUCACUGUGAGGUAACUGAGAUCUGUCUAGGUUUUGGUGUUUAUUCAGAACACUUUCUUUGACUACAUUAGGAAAUAAGUGUUUUUGCUGAGCCAACUCCAAUUUCUUAGUUUAGCUUUAUAAAAAAGGAUAUAUUUAAGAUACCCCUUAAUAUGAAAGUUAAAUUCUACACUAUAGAAAUUUCCCUAAGAGGCUUAAAAUACCUUGAUAGGGAAAAAAAAUGCCACUCUCAUCCUUACUAUAUCUAGAUCUGGUUGUCCAUGACCACCACAGAUGUAUUUCUAUGUACCAUUAACUGGUAACUAGCUGUGUGGAAUUGUUCAUAAGCUGCCUUUGGAAAGAUAUUAAAAUUACUUACCAUGCUGAGCCGACAGUCUAACUUCUGCUCUGUGGCAGGCAGGGAUCUAUUUGUAAUAGACUCAUGGCAGAGGAUGUUGGAAUAUCAAAAAUGUCUUUGAAUGGGUUAACCUUUCAUGACUACUUUAUGCAAAUAAAAUUAAACCAUUGUCUGUUCAUUUUUA